UGCGCCGCUCGUUGAACAUGUGUUUUCAGAUCAGCUGUUUAGUGUUUUUCGAGGUGUUUUGUUUGACAAAAUCUGUCUUGUCUUGUUAAUUCCUUCAUUUAGUUAUUUGUGUUGCCAGUUUUGCGUUAAAAUGUCGUGGACACAUGAACAGAUUUCUUGUCUUAAUCCGUGUUUGUAUGUGGUAAAGGACAAAAACUACCACAACAAGCAUGUCCGAAAUGCUGCUCUGCUAACCAUACUUAAUAACAUUAAACCGAUAAGACCAGUUACCUCAGAAGCUGAUGUCCAAAAAAAAUUUCAUGGAUUAAGGACAACGUACGCAAAUGAGAGAAGGAAACAUUUAGCGAGUAUACACAGUGGAAUGGCCGAAAAUGAGGUUUACCAUCCGUCGCUGUGGUAUUAUGAAAAAAUGGAUUUCCUGGACGACCACCUUGUAGUCAGGAAAUCUAAUUCAAACUUUUUAUUGCCCGAGGAGGGCAAUGAAACAUCACAAACACAGGAGGAAGAUUUACUGGAUUCAUCAAUUAAUGAAACUAUUGUGGAACAGUAUGAAGUAGAUGACCAAGGAGUAUUGGUACCUUUAUCACCAGAAAUUUCCUCAGAUUUAAUACCAGAUCAUCAGAGGUCAGGAUGCAGUGGGUUAAAAAGAAAAGGCAUUUCAGUUGACACCAGACCUAGCACCAGACCAUCAUCAGCGGGAAGUGGCUCAUCUUGUCAUCAGAAUGAUUUGGAACUUGGACUUGGUGGAUUAAAAAAAAGAAGUCUUUCAGUUGAUAACAGGUCUUCAUCUGCAACAGGUGCAAAAGGAAAAAGUAAAAAGGCAGAAGACCCAGACCUAAAAGUGUUAGAAGCUGUGUCUUCAAGCCUUGAGGGAAUUACUGAUGCGCUUAAGCCAGGUCUCAAAAGCAGUGAAGAUAUAUUUGGGGAGUUUGUAGCUUCACAACUAAAAAAAAUAAGAAAUGAAAACAAAAGAUUGACAGUGCAAUAUAAUAUUCAUACUGUUUUGCACGAGGCAUUAUUGAGUUAAUAUUUUACAAGAUAUUUUAUGUUA